CACACAGUAGACGAGGGAGAAUAGAAUACAUUGAUUGUGUACGGGGUGCACUGGUGCCUGGUAACGUUAUGCUUUGACAUGAAUGCAGUUGACCUGUGAUGCUUUUGCAGGGACUCGAUAUUACAAAACUAAUGGUAGGCUCUUUAGCAAUAAAAGUGCACUUCUAAUGAUGCACUACUCAAACUGGCUUAUUGGCCUGAAAAACAGGGCAAGCCUUCGAAAUGCACGCAGAACACCACCUAACAUCGACUGGGGAAAUGUGGUCGACUUGCAGAACAAUAACCCGCAGCCUAACCAGAAGAUACACGGGGUUACGGUCACCAACCAUCUCUGGAAAAAAGGCUACAAAACAAUCAAGAAAAUCGGAGAGGGGACAUUUUCCGAGGUGGUGAAAACUCAGAGCCUGAAAGAUGGGAAGUUCUACGCAUGUAAAACCAUGAAGCAGACAAUUAACAGUCUGGAGCAGGCCAAUAACCUGCGGGAAGUCCAGGCAAUGAAGAGACUGAGCCCACAUGCAAAUAUCAUCCAGCUACAUGAGCUGAUUUUUGACAAAGAAACUGGAACUGUGUCUUUGAUUUGUGAGCUGAUGGAGAUGAACAUCUAUGAGUUAAUUCAAGGGAGAAAAAUGCCACUGCCUGACAAUACAAUAAAGAACUACAUGUACCAGCUUUGCAAGUCACUUGAACAUAUACACAGCUGUGGGAUAUUUCACAGAGAUGUGAAGCCAGAAAACAUUCUCAUCAAACAAAAUGGUCUGAAGCUUGGCGACUUUGGCUCGUGUCGCAGUGUUUACUCCAAGCCCCCCCACACCGAGUACAUCUCCACACGCUGGUACAGAGCCCCAGAGUGCCUCCUCACUGACGGCUACUACGGCUUGAAGAUGGACAUGUGGAGCGCUGGUUGUGUCUUCUAUGAGAUCAUGAGCUUGAAUCCUCUCUUCCCUGGAACCAAUGAGUUGGACCAGGUUGCCAAGAUCCAUGACGUGUUGGGGACACCGGAAGAAAGUAUCCUCCAGAAGUUAAAGCAGUCUCGAACUAUGCAAUUCAACUUUCCCCCUAAAAAAGGCAGCGGUAUCUCACGGUUACUCCCUCACUGCCCGGCUCCAGCUCUGUCACUGCUCUAUCAGAUGCUCGCCUAUGACUCUGAUGAACGCAUCACUGCAGAAACAGCCCUGCGGCACACAUACUUUAGGGAAAUCAGGCUGGCAGAGAAGAAAGCCGAGACGCUUCACAGAGUUUCUGGGACUAUGGAAGAACUAGACAGUAGUGGGACGUACAACUCCUUAGAUCACAUCUGGCGUCCAACCAGACUUGGCAAACAGCUGAGGGGAAGACACACAAGGCAAACCCCUUUAAUAAGCCACAACAUGAAGCAUGUAGCAGAGCCUCUCAUCCGACGGAACAUCCCUCAUUACCCUGCAGAGCUGCCCAAGCUCAACAUGGUAGUACCAGGACCACAGAUGUCCUUCCCUGUAUCCACUCUGCCUGCGUUUACCGUCACCCACAGAGGCACACUGCCAACCAUCCCAUCUAAAAAGUGCCAGACGAGGUUGUCCAAGCCCAGGGAUGAGUCGCAUCGUGCUGCUUUCAAGACCUACUGCAUUCCACCUCUGGAUAGGAAACAUGGAGGCUGCUGAGAGCCAAAACACUUCCAAUGUUUUAUUCAAAUAAACAGGACGGAUCAGUACUGUCAAACACAUCGUUGAGAGGACAAUGUUUGGACAGGCCUGAUGUUGAAAUCUGGAAAGAAAACACAAACAUGUUUCACAAAACGAUGCAACAAAGACCGCCAAGCCUGUCGUCAUAGCAGCUAGGAUAGCUACAUUAAAGCGUUCAACCCCCACUGUAAGAAGUUCAGUGUGAUAUCUUCACAAACAAUAUUAGAGGUCAGUGUUACCUGAACUGGUAAGUGGUUACAUGUUUACAAGUGUUAAAACAUAUUUGUUCUUAUGAUCUUAUUACACAAGCUAAGCAAUUUGAAAAGCAUAGACCGCUUGCUGUUUGAAAGAUUUGACCAAUUGUAAUCACCAAUUAUUACUAGACAAAUCCUUAAAUACGUGAACUCUUUUAUAAAAACGAAUAUUAAUUGAAACUGAAAAAUAUGCUAAGGUAUUUAUCACCUUUAAUGUCAAACAUCCAAAAUAUAACAUUCUAAAAAAGGGGUUGAGAUCACCUGUAUGUUGUUAUAGUGUGACAAGAGAAAUCUUGAAGAUCCAACAGCUUGUUAAUUAACGCCCUGGUAAAAAAAUGUAUAACAUAAAGACAGACGUCUAAUGACCAGAUCCUCAGAUAGAAUAUGGGAACAUUUGAAAACUACGCUGCAGUAUGUUAAUGUCCAGAGUGAGUCCACACCUAAAUCCAAUCUAGAAUUUGUGCCAGGACUUUGAUCACACACUACACAGUGACUUAUUAAUCAGCUGAUUCAAAGUGGUAAAGCAAUAAAUAGGAAAAACUCCAAGCGCAGGGUUGAAUACCUUUUUUAUAGGCACUGUAUACUUGUGAGUGUCUCUUUCUUAAUAGCUGUGAAUAAACUCCGGAUUAACUGAUGUUAGGGCAACAGUCUUCCUGCGCAAAAGGUUAAAGGGAAAAACAUUCACUUUAAGUGCUUCACAUUUAUCCUUCCUUAGCAACAGUAUUGUAUAUUAAAAGGCACAUCACUUAAUCAAACUGUAAUGUAAAUAAAAGCCCGCUGUGGGCCACAAAGCAGACUUGGAACAACUGAAAACAAACUAUUCGCCCUUUGCAUCACCUAUAUAUGUGAAGACAUCUGUAUUUUAUAUGGACUUAAGAAAGUUCAGAUUUUUUUUUUUAAUGUUUAGUUUAGAAUGUAGCUCAGCCAGAACCUUCACUGAAGCAGUGUGGCUAAGAACAUGUUAUUUAGAGCUGUGAGCUCAGUACAAUGGACUGGGACUCAGUCUGCACUUUGUUGGUUAUUGUGAUGUAUAACCAGAGUAAAGAAGUUUGCCGUCAUUUGUAUGUCGUCAUUAAACCACAAUACAUAUA